AUGGCCGUAACACGCUCUGCCAACAAGAGCGUCUCCUCCGCAGUCGCCUCAGGGGCCUACGCACACGCCCCAAGCGCCUUCACGCUGUUAUGGCUCGCCAUAUCGCUACCGCUCGUCGCCUGGGACUGCGGAUACGUGCUGAUGCGCCCGCGGACGAUGGAGGGCGGCGAUCUACACUGGCCCAUCUACCUCCCCUACAAGCUAUACGGCGAGAUCGACUACAUCUACGGCUGGCCGGCCGUCCACGCCGGAAACGGCUUCACCGCCGGCCAGGGCCUCCUGAACGUCAUCGAGACCCUCAUGUACAUGUACUACUGGGUCAUAUACUACCAGAACGCCGUCUCUAUCGGCGGCACGAAGAAGGUCGUGGGACGCAAGGCUGCUAUCGCUGUUCUUGUCGCCUUCAGCGCCGCUGUCAUGACCCUUAGCAAGACUGUACUAUACUGGCUUUGCGAAUAUUACUCGGGCUACGCCAAUAUUGGCCACAACAGCAUGCAAGACUUAGUAUUCCUAUGGAUUAUCCCCAAUGGAGCAUGGCUCGUCGCGCCAACCGUAAUGAUCUAUGAGCUGGGCGGCGAAUUAGUAGACCACCUCGCCGCAGGAGCAGGCCCCAAACGAGACUAA